GCAACGGAGUGCCCUAGCAACCGAUUGAAAUAUUUCAAUGAAAUGCCAUUGACUUUUGCAAUUACUAUUUAGUGACUGUUAAAAAUAUAUUUAUUUGAUAAAGGGAGAGAAAAUGGCUGGAGUUACACGACCCAUGAGUCAAAUGAGAAAGUUCGAAACUAAAGAAGCAUUAUUCCGUGCUCGGAAGCGUAUCCUCAAGUACCUGGUGCAGGGCUACCUGAAGCAGGAGGGCUACUUCCACACGGCAGAUACCUUCACCUCGGAGGCUGCCCUCACGGGGGAGUACGAGGUCUGCGAUAACAUCGACCUGGACAUCAUACUGCAGGACUACUGCAGCUACUACCUGAUGCGCUUCAACAAGCAGCCUCAGUUCUGUCGCAAGGUGGAGGAGCAGCGUCCAGUUCGAAGGCCUCAGACCAGAAAGACCAGGGAGAGGACUGAGCCCACGCUGCCCGCGGAAUGUAUGUGUGAGAAGGAGGGAGCUGAUCUGCCGUCAACCUUCACCGUUACCAAGUUGUUGCAGGACGAACAAGCCAUCCAAACGAUAUCGACGAUAGAAAGGAAACCUAUAUCUGGUCUCCUUGCCAACAUGAGCAAUGACAGGAAGCAGCUGGUGGAACUCUUGUACCAGGACAUCAUCAAACCUACAGGAGUGUCCUGGGACGAUGUGAAGGGUCUCUCUUCUGCCAAGAGCUUGCUCAUGGAGUCCGUUGUUUAUCCUGUGCGGUAUCCAGAAGUAUUCACCGGUCUGCUAGAGCCAUGGCGUGGAGUACUCCUGCACGGUCCACCAGGCACCGGCAAGACGAUGCUGGCUCGGGCUGUGGCUGGCGAGAGCUGCUGCACCUUCUUCAACGUGUCUUGCAGCACCAUCGUCAAUAAAUGGCGGGGAGAGACUGAGAAGAUUAUUAAGGUCCUCUUCGACAUGGCAUCCUACUACGCUCCCUCAAUAAUCUUCAUGGAUGAGGUGGAAACGCUGGCGUCAGACCGGUCGUCUCCUGGUGAACAUGAGGCGUCACGUCGCCUGAAGGCACAACUCCUGACAGAGAUCGACGGCAUUGGAGGGCGAGAGGGCAUCAUAUUUAUGCUGGCUAACUCUAAUAUGCCUUGGGACAUAGACCCAGCCAUGUUGAGGAGACUAGAGAAACGAAUAUUCAUUCCUCUCCCGGACUUCAAAACCCGCGAGGAGUUGUUCCAGAAAUACCUGACAGCCAAGAACGUAGAACUGUUUCCAAAGGUGGACCUCAAAGAACUGGCCUCGAAGACUGAGGGGUACUCCGGGAGUGAUAUCAAGUUGGUGUGCAAGGAGGCCCUGAUGUGUAAUGUUAGGAAGAUGCUGCCGGCUAUGAGUGGGAAAGCUCAAGUACCGACUCGCAAAGAGAGGUUGGACUUGGCGGACAUUCUGUCAGCAAUUGAGAAGACGAAGCCGGUAUCCAAGAACCUCACCAAAAGACACGUGGAAUGGCAGAAUGAGAUGGGAUGUUCAUAGUGUUCAAUUUUUUUUUUUUUU